GUACUAACUUCGAGACGCCUUGUCGCAACAACAGUCGGCGAUAAGAUUCGACGUCAUGCAGCUCACGCAGCCAUGGAACGACAAGGUCGGUUCCUACUCUUCAGACCACAUUUGUUCGCGUUUCUGCAUUUCGAUCCAAGACCGCAAAAUAUCUUCUCCAAAGCUUUAUCACUUCAGUGAUACUUUUGCAGCAACAGCAAUGUUCUCAAUUGUCUCUGUGAUUUCUUUGAAGUUCCCAAUACUGUUAUUUGUCACAAAGGCUCCAUAUGUGACAGCUUUGAAAACCACCUGUUAG